AUUUGAUAUAAAACAUAGGUACAUACGGAAAACGUUUAUUUAAAGAUCGUUCAACAUUCUACUCUACCAUGAAAUUAGAGAUUCUGUUUAUUACAUUUACACUGCUUGGUGUACUGUCUCUCGAAAAGAAUUCUGCUAAAGAAGCGAUCGAACAAAGAGAAAAAAGAGAAAAAUUUCGUCAAGAUUGCAAAAACCAAUAUGGCCUUAAACAAAUAAAAUUUCCAACAUCCAACGCAACUGACGAAAAGGUAGCAGACUACUAUAUUUGUUAUUUAAAAAAGAUCGGAAUAGUAACUGAUGAUGACAAAUUUGAUAACACACAACUUAAACAUUUAAUUAAUAACUUUAAUUCAGAAAUAGUACCUAAAGAUAUCACUGACCGAUGCAGUGACAAUGAAAAAGUGACUAAAACAAACAUUCUGCCGUUACUUAAGUGCAUAAAAGAUGCUUAUCUAGAAUUUAGUAAAUAUGUGUUAAGGAAACCAGUAGUCCAAUAAGAACUCAAAAAUUUAAUUUAUGUAAAAUAAAGUUUAAGUGAGA